AUGCCUCCCUUGCCCCGAGACCGCUUUAUUGUGAGCUGUUUUCAGCAAGCCCGCCAUGCUGGAGAGCACAGGCAGCUGGCAGUGCCACGGCGGGUGGACGGACUGAGGCGUGUAGCACUGAACCGAACUGUGCAACCCCUCCACGAGUCCGGACUGGAGGGGGUGACGGGGCCGCGAGCUACCGCCGACUGCGCCGCAGCCGAGAGGAGCACGACAAAGCAGCAAAGGCGCCGCUGCGCCAAGGAGGUGCUGCACCAAGAUGGAGCGUCCAAUAGCUGCACCGAUCUGUUGUGCAGUAGCAGAUCUUCCCUUGGCUCCACGGUGGUGCUGCACCGUGCCUCAGAACGCCACCAUUGUGGCCCCACAGCUCAUAGCCACGCCGCUGACGCACACCACUCCUGGUACUGUCCCACAAGUGGAGCCGCCCACGCCCCUCGGCACCAUGGAAACGCCUGGAACCGCCCCUGCCCAGAGCUGAUUGGCUCAGCCCAGAAGCCGCGCCCGCGGUCCCGCCUCUGCUGGCCACGCCUGCCUGCCGCUGCUGGGGGCGGGGCCCGAGCUGAUGUCACGUGGUGUCCGAUCCAUACCCGGAAGUACUCGGGAAGCAGGGCGUGGAAUCCCAGCGCCGGACUCCGGUUUCGCACCUGCACCUGGUGCAGCCCUGGCUCCAGUUCAGCUACAGCGAAGGCCCCAUCAGCCGCAAGGAACCGAGGAAUCGCUGAUGGAAUCACGAGAUAUCACAUAGGGAACCUUUACCUUACUACCAGCUCCGAAGGACAAGCCCCUACAAUCCUGUUGUCAGAAGCUUCAACUCCAUUGAUGUUCAGAACAGAAACCAUCCCCACUCGAGACCCGCUGAUCUUUUGGAUGGAGUACAAUGGCACUCUGACAUCAAGAGAAUGGCUGCACAGCUAUAUCACGUAGGUUUUGCCACUCAUCCUGGAAUUCCAACAGGAAGACAGACUGCAACCACAAGACACCCAAAAUGAGGAAAUCACAGAAAAUGGGCUGCCACCUUGCCUAAUAUUUUUGGAGGCUUUUGUAAGUGAAUUGCUGUGGCAAAAGAUUGUACUUCAGUAACUGUGGACUCCUGAGGGGUACAAAAUAAUUGCCCCAAAACAGCUACCAGCAAAGGGAUUUUCAGAAUACAUAGCAAGGAUUCAGCAGCUGGCACAUCUCAUUCUUCAUGUUAAGCAGAAGUGAUCCAUCCUAUAGUACCAGUGUACAUGUUUAUAUGAGUAAAACUGAGGAAAGAAUGAUAGAAUGGGUGGAGAGUAAGUUUUGUUUAAAAGCAAUAUCACCUUUCCUUCUCAUAGGGUUUUGUAUUGAUUUUCAUUACUUUAAUUUGAAAGGAUUACAGUCCUUGUUUUUUUAAUAUAUCACCGUCAUAUUGGGUAUUCAGCAGCUUCUAGGCAAAUGUUCUAAAACUUGAUCUAUAGUUGUCAUAAAUCUCUGAUGAUUCAAUAAUCAAUGAUUAAUCCAUACAAAGUAGGACAGGUUGGGAUAUGGAGAGCUUCUCAUCUCAGACUUCCUGGUAUGAAGAAUGUUCCACCCUUUUAUUUGUGGGAGUACGGUCUGACAAAUUAAAGGAAGGUGAAUAUACACAUGCAAGGAUUGAGCAGUGGUAAACCAGGUCUACUUACUCUAGUCUUACUGCAAAAGCCUAAAAGUGAUCUCUGGCCCUUCCCUCAUUCACACACAUUUAUCACAUCCUGUGAAGUUUGGUGCAGAGAAAGACUUCUGCUAUCAGCAGCAUACUCGGUUGCUUGCAGUUCAAAUUAGCCUGUGAGGUGCCACUUGAGAAACUGCAAUGUAGUUUCAUGGAGAGAGUGUUCAAAAAGACCUUUAGAUCCUGAUUUCUCCAGAGACAGAGAAAUACCGUCUCUGCAGCAUUGUCUCUGAUGUCAACCUCAGGCCUCUUCUAUGAAAGAGAUGACAGUACUGCUUUCUCUCCUCUUUCCUCCUUAGCUUCUAUCUGUGUGCUAGGUGAGACCAUCCUCUCCAGGACUUCAAAGAAUGUAAAUUCUUAGCAUAUAAACAUUGACACUUCUAGGCAGAUUUUUAGGGUUUAAGCAUCAAGCAAAAUGGAACUUUUGGGAAUCUAAAAUUUGAAAGUCGGCACCAAGAGGGAUAACUGGACAACACUUGAAUGUGUAACUCUUUGCCUUGCUAGAAUUAUUAAUACCACUUCUUCCUUCCUGCAUUUUGACCUUCUUAGAAGAUCAUCUGGUUACUCUCAGACUACUUCCACAUUUGAAAUAAAGAGAAGCCAAGGUGAUAUAUAUGUUCAUGUUUAACAUAAAUGCAAUUGUUAUAAAUUUGUAUUGUGAUAUUGGCUUUCGCAGAUGAAUAUUAUAUAUUAAAUACUUUUUAGCUAUGUA